AUGCUCAAAUUGACAAUUGGCAGUUUGUUGUUGCUUGCCAUCUUUGUUUGCACAGUAUCUCUUUGUGAAGCAAAGACUGUAUCGCUCAGACAUUCUCAUCAUAAAGAUGGAGCUUUAACUAUCAUUAUUGAUAUGGGUGGAGAAGGUAAAAAGUCAAAGGAAACAAAAGAAACUAAAACCAAAGAAACUAAAGAAACUGAAGAAACUAAACCAAAGUUGGACGAUACUACAAAGGACAUUGUAGCACAAGUUUCAAAGGCCAUCUCCAAGGAAGAAGAAAAGAAACUCGCCGAAUCCUUGUUGACUCUUGGUAAUGAGCUCACCCAAAUUGCCAAGUUAAUUCCUGGAAAGGACAGUGAACAAAAAUUAUUGAGAGAUCAACUCUUGUCUGUUGCCAGUGAAAUGGCAAAGGAAGCUGAAAAACCUUCCUUCAUGAUCUUGCAAUCCUCCAUGGCUAUGGUCGUUCAAGAUAAACAAAAUCAACAAAAUGCUGCAGCUGACAGUAGUAGUAGUAGUAGUGGAGCCCAAACCAUGUUUAUUGGUGCUGCUAUUGAAGGUCUCAGUCUUGGAAUGAAUGCCAUUGAUGGUAUUGGUACCUAUUCUACAUCUGUUAGUAAGAUUGGUCAAUGGGUUAAAGGAAAGGCUGCUGAUAAGUUGGAUAAGUGGGGUUUACAAUCUGCUGCUAGCAUUGCUAGAAAUACUGGUAAAUCAAUCGAUGGUUUUGCUCAAAAGGUUGCUCCAUACGAAACUAAACUUGCUGCCAAGAUUGCUCCAGUUGUCAAGUCAAAGACUUUCCAAGGAAUUAAAAGAGUUGCCAACGUUGUUGGUGGAGCUCUUUCUAUUCAUGCUGGUGUCAAAUUCUUGGGUAUGAGUGCUGCCACUAAAUUGCCAAAGACUUUCAGUGCUAUCAAGUCAAGCAUUACUAAAGCUGCCAAGGUUGUUGCUAAUAAGGGUGGAAUUGUUAGAAAGAUUGCUGCUACUGGUCUUAAGGCAAAGAAGGCUGCCACUCAAUCAUUGAAUCAAUUCUCCACUUUCAGAAAAGUUAAUGCUGCUGUCAAAGCUUCAAAGGCUGCUAAGGCUGCCAAGAAUGUUGGACAUGCUGCUCAUGCUCACUCCAAGUUUAAGACUGCUGUCCAUCAUGCUCAUGCAGGAUAUGAAAUUUAUUCUGGUUCUUCCCAUGUUAAACACGGUCUUCUUGGUCAUCAUGGUGGUGGACACGGAUCAAGUGGUCAUGGUUCAAGCGGUCAUGGUUCAAGUGGACAUGGAUCUUCAUCUGGACACGGAGCUUCCUCAUCCAAACAUGGAGCUUCUUCUGGACAUGGAUCUUCAUCCUCAAGAAAAUCAUCUGGUCACAGUUCAUCAUCUUCAAGAAGUUCAUCAUCCACCAGAAAAUCAACUGGUAACUCUGGAAGUAGAACCUCAAGAACCUCAUCAACAAGAUCAUCAAAUUCUGGUAGAUCAUCCUCCACUUCUGGCAGAAGCAGUACUAGAUCUUCAUCAUCAUCUAGACAAACCAGAAGCAGCAACAGUUCAAGACAAACUACUACCAAAAGAAGAGGCGGCAAAUAA